AUGGGCGAAGAGAAGAAAAAUCCCGUGCAAGAGGGAAUGGAUGUCACUCUACACACUAGUACUCAACUACAUAAAGAUGAUGUGAUACAGUGGUGUUAUGAAGAUGAAGAGAAUCUCAUUGCUAAAUUCGAUACAGGGAAGACUGAGAAACAUGUUUACGAUGGUGCUGAUGGGCGAUUCAGAAGCAAACUGAGUCUGGAUGAUACUGGAAAUCUCACCAUCAGUGACAUCAAGACCAUCCACUCUGGACACUAUAAACUCAAGAAGAUCAGCAGCCGUAAAAGAACAAAAAACAAGACCAUUUUGGUUCCUGUGACUGUGAAGUCCGAGUCAGUGGAGAAAGGAGAAUCUUUCCCUCUCAAGACUGAUGCUAAAACAGAGGGAAAUCUGAUACUUUGGACAUUUGGAGCUGAAAAGCGUCUCAUUGUUAAAUUUGAUUCAGGAGCAUGUUAUAUUGGUGAAAAAUUCAGAGACAGACUGGAAAGAGAUGAUGAGGAUGAGACUGGAUCUGUGACCAUCAUAAACAUGGACACCACAGACUCUGGGCAGUAUAAACUACAGAUCAUCAACAGCGAACAGACCAUAAUCAAGAGAAUUAAUGUGUCUGUCACCAAAUCCACUAAAAAGUCUGUGAAUGAAUCAACGCCUUUGAUGAGUGAAGAGCGUGUGUAGAGAGGAUGAGCAGGAGGGAAUGAGUUCAGUUUGAUGAGAUAAGACAUGCCCACUAGUCAUUCACUGACAUUUAAACACAAAAACAUAUCUCUGCUUUUAUUUGAUAUAUCUGUGUUUCUCAAGAUUCUGGGAAACCUGGUUUUUCAAAGAAAAAAAAAGUUUUUGAGAGGGGGAAUUAAAAUAAGCCAUUAAUGACUCCCUUACUGAUCCUUUAAGAAUCAGAAUCAGAAGGAGCUUUAUUACCAAGCAUGUUAACACACACACAAGGAAUUUGACUUGGCAACAUUAGCUUCCAGGGUAGAAUAAAGUACACACAUAGUGCAAACAUACAUGAUGAAUUACACAGUAAAGAUGAAAUAACACUAAUAUAGGAAAAAUAGAAAGAA